GAAGCACAAUUCAAAAUGCUUGCUGUUCAAUCAACAAAUUCCGGAGGUAUUCCAGACAAGCUGUGGCAGCCCCACUUCGUCGCAUUUGAGACCACGAUGGGCGAAAUUACGAUCGAAUUGUACUGGAAGCAUGCACCUAAUACCUGCAGAAACUUUGCUGAACUAGCACGCCGCGGCUAUUACAAUGGUACGCAAUUUCAUCGAAUUAUAAGAGACUUCAUGGUGCAGGGCGGCGAUCCGACCGGAACCGGCCGCGGUGGACAAUCAAUUUAUGGAGCCACAUUUGCGGACGAAAUUCACGGCGAUUUAAAGCACACCGGCGCUGGGAUUGUGUCGAUGGCCAACUCGGGUCCUGAUACGAAUGGUUCACAGUUUUUCAUCACACUCGGUCCAACGCAGUGGCUCGAUGGUAAGCACACCAUUUUUGGCCGGAUCCACACGGGAAUGCAGGUGGUAAAAAGAAUAGGAUUGGUCGAAACUGACAAAAAUGAUCGGCCGGUAGAGCCGGUGAAAAUUGUGAAAGGAAAGGUGGAAAAAUACUAAAAUA